GGCACGCUUCGGCCAAUCAGGUGUCGCGGGGGCGGUCCGUUGCUAAGGUGGAAGUUUGGUUGAGUCUGCGAGUAGCAGCCAUUCAGCAGCAGUGGUUGAAGCGAUUGGACUGAAAGUAUCUCUCCUUCACUUUCUGUGGAAUUUGAUUUUUUUUUUUUGGCACGGCACGGUUCGUGGUACACAGGUGACGGAAUUAACGGGGCAUCUUCUGGGUCGCAGCGGUGAUCACAGGGAGCUCAGCGAUGAAUAAGCUACGGCAGAGCUUCCGCCGGAAGAAAGACAUCUAUGUGCCGGAGUCAAGUCGGCCGCACCAGUGGCAGACAGAUGAGGAGGCUGUCCGCAGCGGCAAAUGCAGCUUUGCAGUCAAGUACCUGGGACACAUGGAGGUGGAGGAGUCCAGAGGGAUGCACAUCUGUGAGGACGCAGUGAAGCGGCUGAAGACGGACAGGAAAUUCUUCAAAGGAUUCUUUGCAAAAGCUGGGAAGAAACCGGUGCGGGCUGUAUUGUGGGUGUCUGCAGAUGGGCUUCGUGUUGUAGAUGACAAAACAAAGGACCUCAUUCUGGACCAGACAAUAGAGAAGGUGUCGUUCUGUGCUCCAGACAGAAACUUUGAGAGGGCGUUUUCUUACAUCUGCAGGGACGGCACCACACGGCGCUGGAUCUGCCACUGUUUCAUGGCCAUCAAAGACUCAGGAGAGCGUCUCAGUCAUGCUGUGGGUUGUGCAUUCGCCGCCUGUCUGGAGCGAAAACAGAAACGGGAGAAGGAGUGUGGGGUCACGGCAACCUUCGACGCCAACAGAACCACUUUCACUCGUGAGGGUUCCUUUCGUGUUACUACGGCAACAGAGGCAGCAGAGCGGGAGGAAGUCAUGAGGCAGCUACAGGAUGCUAAAAAAGCAGAGGCAGACGUGAAGGUUGCUGGGAACUUGGCUGCCAGUGUGACAAACUCCUCGGCACACCAGACAGGAGGCUCCGCAUCCCCCACGUCCUCCCCACCUCUCUCGGUGCCUGCCUUCGGACCUCAGGCGAUACCUCGCCGACACGCGCCGGUAGAGGCCCUCGCCAGGCAGGGCUCCUUCAGAGGCUUCCCGGCUCUCAGUCAGAAGACGUCUCCCUUCAAACGACAGCUGUCACUGCGCAUGAACGAGCUGCCCUCCAACAUGCAACGCAAAUCGGACUUCCCCAUCAAAGAUGCUGUCCCUGAGGUAGAAGGAGAAAGUGACAGCAUCAGUUCAUUGUGCACUCAGAUCACCACAGCAUUCAGUGGACCCCCAGAGGACCCCUUCUCCUCUGCACCAAUGCCCAAGCCAGCUUCAUCCCCACAGUCUCCUGUGGCCCCAGUGAACGGCACAGCUUUCUCUGCUGCUUCUGCUAACACCCCAGUUCUGCCCCCCCCUCUACCUGCUCGAGAAACUAACCCCUGGGCUAAGACCCCCGCAGGGGACCCAGCCUCAGCACAGCCAGGAAAUGACUGGUCAUCCCCUGCUCCAGUCAUAGUCUCCCCCCCAGCAUCCUCCCCAGCCUUGCCCUCUCACAAACGCACACCAUCUGAAGCAGACCGGUGGUUAGAAGAAGUCUCCAAGUCUGUUCGAGCCCCGCAGCCUAAUCCAGUCAUGGCAGCAGCAACGCCCCCCACCCAGCACUUCACUGCCCCAGUGGCGAUGUCCGUGGCAGCUGUUCCCUCUGUUCCCCCAGUGGCCUUCGUACCCUCCCUGCCACCUGCCGUGCCCAUGCUACCCCCUCGCCAGCCUGUCUUCCAUUCUCAGGCUCCAGCCUCCUACCCAAUGUCCAACGGGCUGCCAUUCCCUCAGCCCAGCGUGCCUGUGGUCGGUAUCACUCCUUCACAGAUGGUGGCUAAUGUGUUUGGCUCAGCCACGCAACCCCAGUCGUUCCCCAUCCCUGCCUCAACAACACCCCAGCAUGACGCCCAGGCUGCUGGCAGCUUCAGCCCCUUUGUCAAACCCCCACAGUCCACCGCUGUGAACCCUGCUCAGCUCCAGCCGUCUAAUGGCAGCGUGACCUUUAAUGGGGCAGACAGCUGGGCUGCUCCGCCCCAGCAUGCUCAAUCCUCCCCAGCCAUGCAGCCACCCACACAGCAGCAAGAAGAUGCAUUUGAGGCCCAGUGGGCAGCCUUGGAGACCCGCUCUCACCAGCGCACCACACCCUCCCCAACUAAUCCCUUCUCAACUGAGCUGCACAAAACCUUUGAGAUCCAGCUCUGAAGACUGACAUGAGAAGGUACUGGACAAUAAGGAGUAGGCAGGUAAAUGACUGCACAAGAGAGAGGAAUGCUGUCCUGCAUCUCUUUAUCUUGGCCUCAAAGGAAACGCUCAGCAGGGUGAAAAAGAACUGGGAUACAGUGAAGAGCAGCGGGUGGAUCAGCAGAGAGCAGAAGCAAGGGGAGACGAAACCAAAACAGGCUGCUGUUCAGAAGGUGCUGCUCCCCAGCCUUUUCAUUAGCAUUGUCUCUGUUGUUUUGUUUGUGUUGUGGAACUCAACUUCAUCAUCACUGUGCUGAGCCACACCCAGUCAGCCAACCCACCCACCCACCAAAGUGUGGGGGCUCCCAUCCCCCGCCCUCCCUGUUGACAGGACGAGGCCUCCGUCACCUGGAAGAGAAACUGCAGCACUGAGCGAACUCAGCUUCCAAAUAAGAAGUUCUCCUAAAUAACUUCCCAGUCAGAAUAGAGUGAGACGAUGCCAAAUCUCUAUUUUAUGCAUUAAAUAUAUUUUAAAUAGCUUUGGAAUCUAACUGAACAGUUGUAAGUAAUCUUUCCAAAGGCACAGGCUAGCUACAGUGAGACGAGUUUAUGUUCAUGUAUACAGGAAAUUACAGGAUAUAUUAUACAUAUAUAAAUAUAUAUAUAUAUAAAUCUUCUAUACUGUACACACAGCUUACAGCAGUGCUAAUUUUGUAUGUGAUGUAAAGAAAUUUUGUGAAGGGACAGCUGCUUUACUUUUGUGUGUGUGUUUUUUUUUUUUUUUUUUUUAGAAAAUGAACAUUAAUGUUGUCUGCUGCAUCCUGUAAUUGGAUGUGAGGCAUCUCACUGUAAAUAGGGUAUCACUACAGCAGCAAUCAGUGUGGACCUAGCAAUGGUGGUGGUGCCCAGCUGGUUGUCUCUCUUACCUGUGCUCAGUUUUUAAGAGUUUAGUGCUUUAGAUUUUACUUCUUCUGUACGGUAACUUUUAUUUUUUUUUAUUUAACACACUAGAUGUCAUCUCUUGUUUCUCCACCACCUGCAUUAUAUUUUUUUAUUAGCUGAUUUCUAAAUUUAUAUUUUGCACAAGCACUAAAGUAGAUGAUUUGACCUCACAGAUGACCUUGAUGAACAUGGGUUUGUUGGUCAGUUGUGAUGCUGCUGCAUGCUGACCUGCCCUGACCUCCGUUAGCCUGCUGUGGUUCAGACAGUCUGCAGGAAACGACAGGGAGAUAAACGAUUUCAUCUCUCACUGUCUGAUUUCUCUCUUUUGUGUUUUUAUUUUUUUAAAUCAAACUUGUGAAUACAAUCUAAUCUCUGAUCUAUUUUUCCAUUUUGUAAUUAUUUCAUUUUGUUCCAAUUUUUUGGAGUAAUAAUGAGGUUAAAAUAUUGAAUAAAUUCAUGGUGGUAGAGGAAAAUGUGGUCUUUGU